AUUAAAAAACAUACACACGGCAUUGUAAUAAAUAGAAGGAGAGUCAUUUUCGCGAGAUCUAAAUUUAGGCAUUUUGACAUCAUUCCCCUCUUCCCAUGGUAGAAAGCAUCCGCGGUUUACCAGGCUUGUAAAAUUCGAUUUUAACAAAUAUGCAAUGGAGAAAACGUCGUAAAUUAAUAUACGUGAUCGGUUCUGGUCGCCACAGUUUAUUAAUGAAGUCUUUUCGUUUACAUUAUCCAGAUAAUGUACUUCCUACCGGGAGAGAGGACGGAUCGUGCCAUCCACUGGAAGAAUCCUCGAAAGAGAUUUCCGAUAUCAAAACUGUUUUAAACACAUCUGAGAAUAAAGAAGCCUUCUCCGAUAUUCCAAUAGAUGGCGAACGUGUAGCAGAUAAUAGAAUAAUCACUGGAUGUUACGUAAAUGGGUUAUGGAUGCCUGUUGAUUUUGACACGGCAGCAACGUUCUAUCCCAUCUACGCUCCCCCGACAGUUACUCCAUUAUGGUCAAACGAUAUGAGUUUUAGUCACUCGAACUUUAAUGCGAGUCGCCAGCCGGAAAACUUUCCUAGAAAGAAUUACACUUCGUCUCCUUAUUGGGCCAAUUCUUAUUUACAGUGUCCGAGAGACGUGUCGGAUGAUUUAACGUUUGUUCCUUAUUUAUAUCCCGGAUAUACGUUCGGACCAUCGGUGUAUAGCGCUCCAAUAGCGGAAUUUCCUUUGCAGGAUAUAAGAAGGAAGAAAAGGAACAAACGUAAGCCAAUAGUUCACGAGUUAAGACAAAUUAAACCGGGAGUGGACGCUAUAUCGACUCCUUCUUGCGAUGUGAUCCGAUAUGCAAAUUCUAAUAACAAAAAAUAUUCAGAAAGCGUAAUGGAUACAGAUCGGAACGAAAAUUCGGAUCAAAUUUCGAUCGAUCCUUCCGUUAGUUCGGGAAAAGUCGACGAUAAGUCGACGAAUGAAGAGCAUAUUGCUGAUGCACUCGAUGGCAAUAAUCCAACUAGUAUUAUUCCCAAUAUAGCAACGCUAGAAUCAGAAGUUAAUAGUGAGAACAACGCAGAUUCGGCACACAAAAUGGAUGGAGUCAAAACAGUUUCUAGAUUUAAAGUUUAUCCUUGUUCGGAAGACACUUUAAAAGUUAAAGAUGUGGAAGAGAAAACGGAAGUAUCGGCCAGUCCACAAACUUCGACGUACUAUAAUUAUUCGGAGAAUCUGUUAAGAGAAACCGAAUUAGAACUAAAUAAAUUGAACAAGAAAGCGUUUCAAGCCAACCAAGCCAUAUAUCAAUUAGCAUACGACGAAUCGGUGACGGACGAAGAUAGUAGACCGGAGAGUAGAGCCGAUGAUAUAGAUACCAGCGCGACUUGCACGAAAGACGAACUGCCGGAAGAUUUACGCGAUCCGCCGGGCAGUAGAAUGGAAAUCCAAGUACACGAAAUGGAUACUGCCAGCGAAGCCGGAUCGGAAGAUGUGGAAAUUUUAGGUCACAGGUACGAAACUAGUGCUUCGCCCGACAAACACGUUUACGUCAAUAAACUCUCGUUAGCGGCCGAAUUAUUGAGAACUAAAGAAAGUUUACCUUACGAUAACGAGUUUAAAAGGGUCGUCGAUGACGAUACGCCUACCAUUCAGUUAAAGGAGAAAUCGGACAUUUGCAGAGCGGAUAGUGGAGUACAGUCCGAAGAAUCCGGUGAUGAAGUUAUCGAAGAAAUAAAAAAUCCGAUUAUUCAGAGAGAAGAGAUGUGGAGCACUUAUCAAGGAAGACAUUAUCGACGACAGGUGCCAAAUCAAGUACCAUAUUUUUCUACCAUUCAGCGGAACGGACCCUUUUCUCCUUGCCUCUGCUGCGUCGUCAUGUAAAGGCACGUAUCCUCUUUCGAACAGACAAAUAUAUAUUUGUAUAACAUUUGCAUAGCUUUUAAUAACAAGAAAUUGAUUCUGAACAUCUGUCUUUUAUUAAUUUAUUUGAUUUUAUUACUCGUAUGUGUAUAUUAUUAUUAAAUUUAUCUCAACUCUUAGAAUUGUAGCGCAGAAUAUACUUAUAUAA